AUGUGCGGUAUUUUUGCGUAUCUCAACUUUUUAACACCGAAAAAGCGUAGCGAGGUGAUUGACAUCUUGAUACGUGGAUUGCAACGUAUGGAAUAUCGUGGUUAUGACUCUGCAGGCAUUGCAAUCGAUGGCAGUAAUGAUCCGACGGAACCGCACUCAAAAAUUGCGUUACUCAAAAAAGCUGGCAAAGUUAGCGUGCUCAGUGACUACAUUAAAGAGAAUAAAGAACUGGAUUUCGACGUGACAUACAACAUUCACUGUGGUAUUGCUCAUACUCGUUGGGCCACUCACGGUUCACCAAAAGAUGUCAAUUCACAUCCACAACGAUCCAGCAGAAACAAUGAGUUUCUGGUGGUGCACAAUGGCAUAAUAACAAACUAUCGUGAAAUGAAAGAGUACUUGAUGAAGAAAGGACAUGAAUUCGAGUCGGAAACCGACACCGAAGUGAUCGCCAAACUCAUCCAGCAUAUCGCUGACAAAUACCCCAACUACAGUUUCCGUCAGCUCGUCGAAAUUGCCAUCCAACAACUGGAAGGUGCGUUUGCGUUGGCGAUAAAGAGCAGUCGUUUUCCGGGUCAGCUGGUAGCCACGAGACGUGGUAGUCCAUUGCUUGUCGGUAUCAAAAGUCAGUCUCGUCUAUCCACUGACCAUUUUCCAGUCUUCUUCAGUAAAGCACGGCGUUUCGUGUCAUCGCAAAAUGCUGACGAAUCACUUGUGGAAACACCGUCUGGUUUUGAAUCAAGCUUUGCCACGAGUACACCGAAUGUCGCAGAGAUGAAUACAAAACCGAAUACGACAUUGAUUCGCCCGUUUGACUCGAAACAUUGGGAAGUUGAGUACUUCGUUGCAUCUGAUGCUAGUGCAAUAAUAGAACACACGAAGCAAGUGAUAUUCCUCGAGGAUGAUGACGUUGCAUUCGUUGAAGAUGGAUCGCUUUCCAUUCAUCGUAUCAAACGUGGUACAGCAUCGAGCUCACCACAAACACGUGAAGUACAAAAUCUAACAAUGGAACUGCAACAAAUCAUGAUGGGUAAUUUCAAGACGUUUAUGCAAAAAGAGAUAUUCGAACAACCGGAAUCAGCCGUGAACACAAUGCGUGGUCGUUUAUUGGCAGACGGUCGUGUUGUUUUGGGUGGUAUUAAGGAUUAUGUGGCUGAUAUAAAGCGAUGUAGACGUUUGAUUCUGAUUGCAUGUGGCACUUCAUAUCACUCAGCUAUUGCGUGUCGUCAAAUAAUGGAAGAACUCACCGAGUUGCCAGUAAUACUGGAAUUAGCUAGUGAUUUUCUGGAUCGUGAGACGCCAAUAUUCCGUGACGAUGUGUGUUUCUUUAUAUCGCAGAGCGGUGAGACGGCCGAUACUCUGAAUGCUCUACGAUAUUGUAAACCGCGUGGAGCACUUCUUAUUGGUGUAACAAAUACGGUGGGUAGUAGCAUUUGUCGUGAAUCGCAUUGCGGUGUGCAUAUCAAUGCUGGUCCUGAAAUUGGUGUGGCUUCGACCAAGGCGUACACCUCUCAGAUUCUAGCGUUGGUAAUGUUUGCGUUAUCGAUGAGCGAUGAUCGCAUCUCAAUGCAAGCUCGUCGUGCCGAUAUCAUCAAAUCUCUGAAAGCACUCCCAGAUCAUAUUCGUGAAGUGCUCAAACUGAAUGACCAAGUACUGGAGAUUGCUAAAAAGUUGCAUAGAGAGAAGUCUUUACUCAUUAUGGGACGAGGCUUCAACUUUGCAACUUGUCUUGAAGGUGCCCUCAAAAUUAAGGAGUUAUCGUAUAUGCAUUGUGAAGGUAUCAUGAGUGGUGAAUUAAAGCAUGGGCCAUUAGCUAUGGUUGAUAGUAAUCUGGGUAUUGUGAUGAUUAUUUGCAGUGACAAUGUUUAUAAGAAGUCAUUAAACGCAUUGCAACAAGUGAUCGCUCGUGAAGGUGAUCCAAUCAUAAUAGCCGAUGUGGAUGUACCCGAAAAGGAUCUCGCCGGUCGAUCGCAUAUUUUGCGUAUUCCAAAGACAGUGGAUUGCAUCCAGAACAUACUUACUGUUAUACCAUUACAGUUACUUAGUUAUCAUAUUGCUGAGCUGAACGGAUUAAAUGUUGACCGACCUCGCAAUUUGGCAAAAUCAGUUACUGUGGAAUGA